GAUAAUGUCAUUUCAUUUGUCAUGUGCGGUGCGACAUGUCGGUAUUUUCUGCGACAUAUUUUCGAAAAAUCUUCCGAAUUCUUUGCGGCGGAUUUUAACUAAAGAUCGAUGUAACAAUGGCUAUAGUUUUACGUACAUUUUCUCAUAAAAUUCUACCCAUAAAUGGAAUAGUUUCCACUAAAAGCCAUUCCAGCCGCUUGGCUCGAAAAAUUCCCUUACGAACACAGUUUCUAGAAGAUUUUCUGAGCCAACGUCGCAUAUCCAGCUGUCAAUUGCUGCCGAAAACAUCCGUGGACACCAACAUAGAUGACAUCUACUUGCACGAGAUAUUGAACUCCCCUCAAGCUCACGAGUACCAACCAAAGUUCCACAAUGUUAACCAUUAUGACUCCGAUGACAACAGAUUGCCGGGUGAAAUAGAAAUGAAGGCUCUACGGCUGACUUCUGAUGACUAUAUUGAGAGGAGAGUUCCGGACCACAAUUUUAAUGAUAUUUCUUUCAGUAAUUUAAUAGACCUCGCAAAAUAUAAUGAGGACCUAACACCUACCUGCCUCUCAGACUUUGAAAGAAACGCGGUGGCAUUCUGUAGUGAGGCAUCAUCCCCGUCUCCCGCCAACAAAACCUCAGAGCCAAAUGAAGGAAAGCCUAGCGAGGAACAACUGAUGAGAGUGUACCACGUUCUCUCUGAAACUAUGCCUCAUCUUUUUGUGAAGCCAUUGGACUAUAGCAUAUACCAUCCAAAUUUGGUGUUUGUCAAUAAUAUUAGGGGUGUUACAACUGUAGGUUUAUUCCAGUAUGUGAAACAAGUAGCGUUGCUUCGUACUGUAGGCCAUUUCAAAUUCGCGUAUGUGAACUUUGAAGUUAUAAAAAUAACGGCCCAUCCCGAAGACUCAUCUAUAAAAAUGAGAUGGCGAGUCCGAGGUAUAUCCGGUCUGAAGGUGUUCUUCAUGUUCUGGAAGUACAAGCUGUGGAACAUCAAGCAGACUUUCCAGGAACAGGAACUGUGGUACGAUGGUUUCUCAACGUUCUACGUGGGCGGCGAUGGUCUCAUACAGAAGCACAUUGCUGACAAAGUGAUGCCCGACCAAGACACGAUCAUCGAUGACGCAGAAAAGGCGCCAAUCGCGGCGAAAAUAGCCUUGCUUAUCGGACUUUUACCGCGCAAUUACCUCUCUGAUGUGUCACCCUACUUCAGCUCGUCCGCAGGCACCACGGACGCCACAGCCCUGCCUUUCAAAGUCCUGGAGUAACUUCACGGCAUGCGCAGGCUUGUGCUACUAACACUUGAUGUCAAAUCAUAGCAUUAUUAAUUAAAUGAUACCUACAAAUGCUGUUUUACAAUCAGUUGGGCGAAUUAAGAUAGACAUUUUUACAAUGUUGUCAUAAGAAUGGUAGCUUUUUAAAUUCAUAUUGGCAACAUCACAAAAAGCGCGAAUAACUAGCGCUGGAGAGUAGGUAUGAACAAAUUAGGGAAAUAAUGGAAGUAGGAUUACACCAAAAAUGAUAUCGAUGAAAUACAUUUUGAUAUGUAAUAUUGUUUGUGAUUUGUGAGUAUUAUUAUAUGACUAACUCAAUGGAUUACUCUAUUUUUAGUUAUCAUGUCACAGCUUUCAUCAUUGUUUUAGAUUUUAUUUUGUUAAACUUCAUAAUACAAUUCGUGAAGUGCUUCAAGCAAUAUUUGUUAGUUGUUGUAAAUGCCUUGCGUUAGUUAUUUACUAAAGUUAUGUAUUUCGAUACAAUAAAGAAUUAUGAGAACA